UACGAGGCAAGGAGACAAAGAAGCGUGAAUGUUGACAAAUUGGUGGUCGGGCAUGUAUAUUAUCGGGAAUAUGUAUAGAGUGGUCGAUCUCCUUUCUGUUUCUAAUUAUUGUCUCUUAGAAUUAAUAUCAAGAAUAAUACUACAGCAAUAUGCCGACAUAUCUAAUCCUCAACUCCGACCAAGCUCUCCCCAAAUCCCUCUCCGAAACCCUCCUCCGCCGCCCAAACACCACUCUCCUCGCAGCAACCCGCUACCUAACGCCCGAAAUCUCAAGCUCUUUCUUCCACCUCCCAAAGCAUGACUCGUCACUUGUGAUCCCUGUGAAGAUUAAUUUGUUCGCGCAGGAUGAUGCGGCGGGGGCUGUGAGGGGGUUGCUUCUUGCGGGGGUUACACAUGUUGAUGCGGUUGUUUUGCGGGGGGGUGAUACGCCAGGUAUAAAUGGGGUUAAUGGGAUUGGCGCUGGGAGUGGGGACUCGGGAGAGGAGAGGGGUUAUGAGGAUGGAUUGAGGAGGUUGCUCGAGCAGGUUAGGAUGUUUUUGGAGUGGUCGAGGGUUGUGGUAUUUGGGGGAGGGACGGAUGUGUCGGGGGUGAGGGAUGUGGUGAUGACUGAAGUUGGGGAUGUUGCUUCUUUUGUUCACGUGUGAGUCCCUUUCUGUUCGUUUCAUGCUUUGCUUUUUGCUUGAUGUGUCGGGGCUCAGGUGAUAUGAG